AUGGUUCUCUGGAAAUCAGAUCACCCAGAACUCGACAUCCCCACCGACCUCACCACCUGGCAAUGGGCCUUUGAAAGCAGCGACUUCUCUCCCAUCGUAUACGCCAAGAACAAGACUGGCCACUACGAAAAUGCAAUCACACAUGAACGCCUGGACUUUUCCGAGGUGAAAGAACGGGCUACCCAAUUGAGUACCGCAUUGAUUCGAAAACAUGCUUUCCAAGUCGGGGAUACAGUCUCCCUGUUAGCCACCAAUACCAUCUGGUAUCCCGUGGCUCUAUGGGCCACAAUUCGUGGAGGCGGCCGUAUCAAUGGCGCUUCUUCGUYCUACAACGCGGAAGAAAUGGCCUACGCGUUGAGAACCGCAAAGUCAAAGUUCCUCUUCACCCUCCCCGACUCUCUAGAUGUUGCCGUAGCCGCAGCAAAAGCCGUCGGGAUGCCUUCUUCCCACGUCUUCUUACUCGAAGGGACGAGGGAUGGGUUCACAAGCAUUCAUCAACUCAUCGAAGAAGGAAAGCAAUUCACUCCGGAACCAUCAUACUCCAUACCUGCCGGCAAGACGAACAAGGACAUUUGUGGCUAUCUCAAUUUCAGCUCUGGAACCACCGGCCAUCCAAAAGCUGUUAUGCUGAGCCAUCAUAAUGUCAUUGCGCAGUGUCAUCAACUUCGACAACUGCAGGUCAUCGAACCCGGGGAGGAACUUCGUGCUUUGGCUGUCACGCCGCUUUUCCACAUCACUGGACUUGUGCGCUAUAUCCACUAUCCAAUCUUCAUGAACGGAAACUGCAUCAUGCUCCCCUCCUUCACAAUGGACUCCAUGCUCUCCACCAUCAUCUCCUACUCCAUCCGAGAACUCAUCCUCGUCCCUCCAAUCAUCAUCCGCCUCGUCAGAGAUUCCAUUGUUGACAAGUAUCUCCCAUCCCUCCUCCAAACAGUCAAACGUUGGUCCUCGGGUUCCGCACCCACAAGUCCAGAAAUCAUCGAACUCCUCCGCCAGAAAUUCCCCAACACAGGCUUCCGGCAAGGUUACGGAGCAACAGAAAGCACAGCCUGUAUCACAUGCCAUCCUCCCUCACAUUACGAUUACAAAUACGCUCAUACAGGCGGCAAGCUAGUCGCCAACACAGUCGCAAAAGUCAUCUCUUUAGACCACCCAGACAAAGAAUUAAAUGUCGGAGAAGUUGGCGAAAUUCUAGCCAAAGGUCCCCAAAUCGCAAUGGGAUAUCUCGACAAUCCCACUUCCACGGCCGAAACUUUUGAUUCCCGAGGAUUCUUCCACACAGGCGACGUGGGAUUCUUCGAUGGGGAAGGACUCAUCCACAUUGUAGAUCGCAUAAAAGAGAUGAUCAAGGUACGCGGCCAACAAGUCGCUCCAGCCGAGCUCGAAGACAUUCUCCUCGGCCAUGAAGCAGUGGAAGACUGCGCGGUUUUGGGCAUCGAAGAUGACUAUUCCGGGGAGAAACCCAAGGCUUAUGUGGUGUUGARACAGGGACGGGAAGCUUCGGUGGAGCUUGGAAGGAAGCUGCUGGGGGCUGUGCGGGAGAGAAAGGUGAGGUACAAGUGGGUGCUGGAGAUUGAGUUUGCGGAGAGCAUUCCCAAGAGUCCGACAGGAAAGCUUUUGAGGAGGGUGCUGAAGGCGGGAGAUCGGGAGGUGGGUAGGAAGAGGGGUUUGUGUGUUAGGGAUGAGGAGGUGGUAAGGGCGAAGUUGUAG